CCACCCACUGAAGCCAAGGCACGUGAAACUGCUGUCCACUAAAAUGGGCCUGAAAGUCACAUGGGACCCACCCAAAGAUACUACCAGUAGACCUGUGGAGCAUUACAACAUUGCCUAUGGGAAGUCACUGAAAAGUCUUAAGUACAUCAAGGUGAAUGCGGAGACAUACUCCUUCCUUAUUGAGGAUGUGGAGCCGGGGGUAGUGUACUUUGUGCUGGUUACUGCAGAAAACCACAAUGGAAUGAGCCGUCCAGUUUACAGAGCUGAAAGUCCACCUGGAGGUGAAUGGAUCAAGAUUGAUGGUUUUCCCAUUAAGGGUCCAGAACCAUUUAAUGAAACCGUCACAGAAAAGGAAGUGCCCAACAAGCCCUUGAGAGUGCGCAUCCGGUCCUCAGAUGACAGGCUGUCUGUUGCAUGGAAGGCACCACGCCUGUCAGGAGUCAAGAGUCCACGCAGAUCUCGAGGUUUUCUUCUGGGUUAUGGAGAGAGUGGUCGGAAGAUGAAUUAUGUUCCAUUGACAAGAGAUCAGAGGACACAUGAAAUUAAAAAACUAGCCUCGGAGUCAGUGUACGUGGUCUCUCUGCAGUCCAUGAACUCCCAGGGGCAGAGCCAGCCAGUCUACAGGGCUGCCCUUACGAAACGCAAGAUUUCAGAAGAGGAUGAACUGGAUGUACCUAAAGACAUCAGUGUUCGAGUUAUGUCAUCCCAGUCUGUACUUGUGGCCUGGGUGGAUCCUGUUUUGGAAAAACAGAAGAAAGUCGUUGCUUCAAGACAGUACACUGUGCGCUAUCGAGAGAAGGGGGAAUCAGCCAGGUGGGAUUACAAGCAGAUUGGUAAUAGGCGUGUGAUGAUUGAGAACUUGAUGCCAGAUACCGUGUAUGAAUUUGCAGUCCGCAUUUCACAGGGUGAAAGAGAUGGCAAAUGGAGUACAUCAGUCUUCCAAAGAACACCGGAGUCUGCUCCUACCAUAGCCCCUGAAAACUUGAAUGUCUGGCCAGUCAAUGGCAAACCUACAGUUGUCACUGUGUCUUGGGAUCCACUGCCAGAGACUGAGGGGAGAGUAAAAGAAUACAUUCUUUCCUACGCCCCGGCCCUCAAACCGUUCGGAGCAAAGUCCCUCACCUACUCUGGACACACUACUUCUGCCCUGGUGGAUGGUCUGCAGCCUGGGGAACGCUAUCUGUUCAAAAUCCGGGCCGCAAACAGAAGAGGCCCUGGGCCGCACUCCAAAGCCUUCAUUGUCGCUAUGCCAACAACCAGUACCAGUGAGCCUAAAGUUCAGCAGAAUGCAGAUCGUCGGAAACCAGAGCCGUCCUCGCCUUUUCCCAAAGCUUCAGCUCCCUCAGCUCACACUCCUUUGCCUAGUUCUCUCCCAGGCAGAAAUGUGAAGGACCCUCUCCUUGAUUUGAAGAACAAAAUACUGGCCAAUGGUGGGGUGCCCAGAAAACCCCAGCUUCGUCCUAAGAAGACUGAAGAGUUGGAUGCUCAGUCCACAGAAGGCACCGACAAGGAGGAGCUGGAUUCCUUGGAGGAUCCACGCACAUCAAACUCCCACACUCAAGACCAGAGGCGAACCCUGAGGCUACCAAGUAGAUCUGGCCACUGGGUCCCAGCCCCUGGCAGGAUUCCACCGAGGGCCCGAAUACCUGCAGUGCCCCCAAAGGAAGGCAUGGAUAAGCGUGGCCCCUCACUGGUUGCCCACCCUCACCCAGGGGCUGCCUCCUCUGAGGAGGAUUCCCCUGCCCACCGUGAGGCCACCCAGGGUCCCUCCCCACACUCCUACGGGGAGCCCUCUGUCAGCUCCAUUGACAACAACUCUAUGGACGGAGAUGAGGAAGAGCGUGCUGCAAGGUCCCCCCACUCCAAGGCCACCACAUUCCAGCAGCUGCCUUCUAGGACCCCAGCCCAGUCCCAGCCAGCCCUGUCCUCCAGCAAUGAGGCAACCUCCAGUGACACAAGGCCCACUCACCAUGGUGCAAAGCCAGCCUUACCUGCACGCAGGACACCCCAUUCUGGGGUUAUGAAGGAAGAUUCCAGCGCCCCUGUGCCACCCUCAAGACUUUCUCCCCCUUUCAGAGGGUCAUCUCGGCUGCUGCCCAUCCAACCGCAUCCUGGCCCUCCACUCUCUAGGGGCUGGAAGGACGGUCACCCCCUGACUGUCAACUCGCACGCACCUUCACAGUCUACCCUGUCUGUCCCCGUCUCUUCUCACCUCUCUUCCAGUACAGAGGUCUCUGAGGGAGGGGAUACUUCUGAUGGCAAGGGCCCCAGUGACAGGGAUGCAGAAGAUCCUGUGAGGCAGGCUGAGGCCACUGUCCUCACUCCAAGGGCCCGACCUGCUUCUGGACACUUAAGUUUGCUCAGGAACAGGCCCUUUGCUGCCAAUGGCAGGUUUCCAAACAGGCUCCUCAAUGGCCGAGGACCACGGCUUCAGCCCUCCAGCUUUCCCCAGGCCACUAUGGCCUCCAGAACCCUCCCCAAGGUCCAUUCCCAGUCAGGUUCCCAUCCUAGGCUUGGGUCAGGUAUCCAUGGAGACGGGGAGGAUGAAAAGCCACUUCCUGCCACUGUGGUCAGUGACCACAGGACUUCCUCAUCCAGGCAGCUCCCCUCUGGAGGCUGGGACUCUUCAAGGAGAGGCCCCCAGAGAGGGGGAAGCCAAUACCGGAAAGAGCCUGUCCCAGAGAGCCCUAAGUCUGCGGGGACAGAUAUAAAUACUUUGGACAAAUCCCCCUCUCUGACCUCCAGGGCACAGGACAUUGAACAAAGCACAGACGUGGAGGUGGAAGAGCGUUCUCCCAAAACUCAGCUAGUGUCCACGGGACGUCAGCCGUCCCCUGCCCGUCCUCCAGCGCCAAGGACUCAGCUCUACCCUGGGGCCAGUAUUCCUAGAAGAAUGGCCCCUGGCCGGGCCUCACAAAAUCAGCCCCUCGCACCGGUUUCCACUUCCGAACACCAGCAUGGGGGUGGCACCCAGAGCAAGGAUACCGAUCGGUCCCUUUCCCAGCCUAAACUGGCGCUGGCUCCGGCUGGGCAUCCCCGCCCCCGCCCCACGACGCAGGGCAGCGCCCACUCCUCAGAUAAAUUGGCAGGGAUCUCAGGAGGAUUGCUCCGCCCAGCUUCCCAGGGCCAGGACGAGAAUUCCCAGAGCAGCUACGAGGACAACAGCACAGAAGUUGAGGCCCAAGAUAUCCGCGACCCCACACGGGCUGCUCGGCCCAAGGAUGCCACCCCAUCCCUGUCCAAGUACCAUCAAGUGGCAUCUCCGGCAGGGACCAGAGAGGACAGACGUGGCCAUGCAGGCACAUCCCAGAGGCCCAGCAGGCCUGGCAAUCCCCAGCCCCGCACCCGGGUCCCAGGCAAGGCUGGGGCACAGGUCACAUCAGGAAAGGAGUCUCCUUCCAAGCGCCCACUGCCCUCCAAAUCUCUGCAGUCGGUCUCCAUGGAGGAGGAGGAAGAGGACAUGGGAAUUUUAAAAGGAGGAAAGGAGGACCCUCUGUCUUCUGCUCCAAAGUGGCCUUCUUCCUCCACCCUCAGGGGCAGCAAAUACUCGGAUGGGAGCCUCAGCAAGGACAGGCCUACCAUUGUACUGGCUCCCAGAGGAGGGAGCUCUGCGCAGGAAGAGAGCGCGACCCCGGGCAAGCGACCUCUGGGCAGCCUCCCAAGAGCCUCGCACCUGCCUACCCGCUACCCUCCUCGCAACCCCGCUACCCUGAGUCCCAGCGUGAGCACCACCUCCUGGCCUCGGUAUACCACUCGCUCCCCUUCGAGCGACUACUCCACCACACCGAUGCUCUCCUUGAGACAGCGGAUGCAGCGCAGAUUUCGCACUCCUGGCUUGCGCCAGCCUGCGAAACCCUCUUACGCACAAGGUUAUAAUGGCAGAUCCAAUGUAGAAGGGAAAGUACUUCCUGGUAGUAACGGGAAACCAAGUGGACAAAGGAUUAUCAAUGGCCCUCAAGGAACAAAGUGGGUUGUGGACUUUGAUCGUGAGUUGGUGUUGAAUGCAGAAGGGAGAUACCUCCAAGAUUCACAUGGAAAUCCUCUCCGAGUGAAACUGGGAGGAGAUGGUCGCACCAUUGUGGAUCUUGGAGGGACACCUGUGAUCAGUCCUGAUGGUCUCCCCCUCUUUGGGCAGGGGCGACAUGGCAAACCCCUGGCCAGUGCCCCGGAUAAACCCAUCUUGAGCCUUGGAGGAAAGCCUCUGGUGGGCCUGGAGGUCAUCAAAACAACCACCCUUCCUCCUACCACAACCAUGUGGCCUACCACAACUACGACCACUGUGCCUACCACUACCUCUCCUCGACCCACAAGGGCCACUGCCCACCGCAUGACCACCACCCGCCACACCACCACCUCCCACCGCAUGACCACCACCCACCGCACGAUAACGACCACACUUCCAAUGACUACAAUCCGAACUACUAUGCCGACAACCACCACCACCACCACCACCCCUGAACCCACCACUCCCAUCCCUACCUGUCCCCCUGGGACCCUGGGACAUCUUGACGGUGAUGGCAACCUGAUAAUGGGCUCUAAUGGCAUCCCAGAGUGCUACCCUGAAGAAGAUGAGUUCUCAGGCCUGGAGACAGACACAGCCAUACCCACAGAGGAGGCCUAUGUCAUAUAUGAUGAAGACUAUGAAUUUGAGACCACAUGGCCACCAGCCACCACCAAGCCCACCGCCAAGCCCACCACCAUGGCUACAACUCCUAAGGUCCUCCCAGAGGAAGGCUCCAUCAAUUCUUUUCCUGAAGAAGAAUUUGAUCUGGCUGGGAAGAAACGAUUUGUUGCUCCUUAUGUUACAUACCUGAGUAAGGAUCCAUUAGCCCCAUGCUCUCUAACUGAUGCCUUGUACCAUUUCCAAGUGGAGAGCUUGGAUGAAAUCAUUCCAAAUGACUUGACAAAGAACGACCUGCCUCCUCAGCAUGUCCCACGGAACAUUACUGUGGUUGCUAUGGAAGGCUGCCACUCAUUUGUCAUUGUAGACUGGGACAAAGCCACCCCUGGAGAUGUGGUAACAGGCUACCUGGUCUACAGUGCAUCUUAUGAAGACUUUAUCAGGAACAAGUGGUCCACUCAAGCUUCAUCAGUAACACAUUUGCCUAUUGAGAACCUGAAGCCAAACACACGGUAUUACUUUAAAGUUCAAGCCAAAAACCCUCAUGGCUAUGGACCUAUCAGCUCUUCAGUUUCAUUUGUUACAGAAUCAGACAAUCCUCUCCUUAUUGUGAGGCCUCCAGGAGGUGAGCCCAUCUGGAUCCCAUUUGCUUUCAAAUACGACCCAGGAUACACAGACUGCCACGGCCGGCAGUACGUGAAGCGGACGUGGUAUAAAAAGUUUGUUGGAGUCGUUCUUUGUAAUUCACUGAGGUACAAAAUCUACCUCAGUGACAACCUGAAAGAUACAUUCUACAGCAUUGGAGACAGCUGGGGGAGAGGUGAAGACCAUUGCCAAUUUGUGGAUUCACAUCUUGAUGGACGAACAGGGCCUCAGUCUUAUAUAGAAGGCCUCCCUAAGAUUCAAGGUUACUACCGUCAGUAUCGCCAGGAGCCUGUCAGCUUUGGCCACAUCGGCUUUGGCACCCCAUACUACUAUGUGGGCUGGUACGAGUGUGGGGUCUCCAUCCCAGGAAAGUGGUGACCACAGGAACAACCUGCACUGCAAGUUUGUCUGCUCAGCCUCAUCUGCUCACUCGCACUAGGGGGAUGCGAACAGGAGAAAAACAGCGUCCCAAGCCCCACUGCACCUGAGUGUCAGGAAGGCCACACAAUAGACAUUGGACAUUGUGGUCAUCUUCAGUCUGGAGCCCAGUCCCGUUUUUGACCUGGAAUAUGAACAGAGGGGAAUGCAGUUUUGCUGAAACUUCAGUUUUUCACAUUCUUUUUAUUAGCACAUCCCAGGGACAUCAGAAACCGUAGCUGAUCCAGUAUGAUUUCCAGACUCUUAAGGCAAAAAAUUCAGACACUCCAGAAUCUCCAGGGAACAGUAUAAGCAUGCAUAAGCAUGCUUGCUUCAUAGAAUGCUUUCAUUUCUCUCAUUUUCAACUCCCCCCAAACCAGUGGAAUUUAAGCUUCAAAUCUUUGUAUGCAGAACUGAAUAAAAAACACCGCCCAAGGAAAUAUACCUUACUUGAGAUUUAUUCUACGGACUCACACACUGCUAGACUAAAUGCAUAGAAUCUUAUUUGUAAAUUCUCAAUUUUGAUAUAUAUAUGUAUAUAUGCGUAUGCAUAUCCACACUUGUCUGC